AUGGCGCAAGCACUCUCCUUUUCACCACUGGCCUUGGACCUUCCAAGCUCUCGCAUGAGCGUCGACUUUUCGACAUUUGCAGCAUCCCGACCCGACACGCAGAACCUCAAACCAGGAAGAGAAGCACCACCUGUGACGACAUCAAAACUAAUCACGCGCAAGCCCAUUGCACAGUACGUUCCUUUACCAGACCUUAGAGAAGAGCAGGCCGCGUUCAACAACCCGAGUACGCAGAAAUCGCGAAAGUGGCCAUGGCGACAGCCACCUUCCGGCAGAGAAUCUCCGGUCACUGUGCUGUCAAGGACUAACUCUAGCGCCUCCGUGUCUUCAUCCACAUCAUCAGCAUCCACGACCGUGUCUUCAGUCUUCUCCCGCAACCAAUCAACAACUACAUCUCGCACCUCACUCUCAUCAGUGGAGUACGUUGACUACUCUCCUAAGCCGCCAACGAAGAAGAGAGCGAGCCUAUCGUCGCUGCCAAUCUCGCUACUUGAGUCUAUCUUAUCAUAUGCUUUAUGUCUUCCGUUGACAGUGUCAGUCGGCCCGCAAUGCUCGGAGAAUCGUCAUAUGCAGUAUCGCUAUCACCGUGCUGGGCUAGAUUACAUCGAUCUGCAACUGAUCCGCAAGCAUCCACUUUUUCUGGUAUCCCACCACAUCCGCUCAGUUGCACUCGACGUGUUCCACGAGAAAUGCGACUUCGUUGUCGACUUCCAUAGGAUCUACCAUACGAAAGUUUCCUCCACCGUCAACGAUAACUUGAAGGCAUACGAGAAGUUUUGGAUCUCCGAACAAGCCCCGAAGAUGGUCGCAGAUACUUUGCGCAGCCUUUCAAGGCUCUACCUUCGCCUUCCGGUCCCUAGCUGCGAGAAUGGUGGUCAUCGAGGACGCGACGAGGAUGACUGGAUGGACGGCAGUGACGGACAGGGUGGAGGCAAUUGGAAGAUCAAAAGCAUGAAGCGAGAACAGGAGGAUGCCACAAGGGUCCUACGUUGCUUGGACUCAGUCAUGAAGGUGGUAAUGGCUGAUCCUGCGACGGUGGAUUCGCGAGGAAGAACAGCCAGCGUGUCCAGAAGCACGUCAUUGAGACGAAGCUUGUCGCGGGCGAGGAGUAAGAGUCGAGGCCGCCGUUCUGAGAGCCGCAGCGAGUCUAGGCAGGGCGCGGACGAGGAAAGAAAGAGACACCUGAGACGACUCGAAGUAACUCUUGUCAAGAAGAACUCCCAUGUGAUGGUCUUACCGGACAUAUUGGGGCUGAUCAAGCUUCUACGCUCUGUUCCAGUCGAUGGGUUCACCAAGUACUUCUUUGAGCUAGAGGAGCAGCAGGUUCUCUGGGCCACGAAACAUCGCAAGAAGUGGAAGGGCUUCGAGCCUGAUGGCACAAGGCUUCUUAAUGACCUGCAGAACCUUACCAUGGCUGACAAGCCAAUCGAGCCCAUCCGUACUCCUACACAAUUCCAAUUCGUGAAGGUAGACAACACAGGGAAGCUUCAACUUUCUAGUUCGCCCAUAAUCGUUCUCGAACGUCCCGAACCCAGAGAAGAACCGCACCCUUCGCCUGCAGCCCCAGCUGCAAGACGCAUGGGCCUACCUUGGGCGCGCAAGAAGACCCAUGCACGAAAGAACAGCAACGAUAGCUUCGCGAUUAUGAUCGAUCAGGGCAAGGAGAAGGUGGGAAGCAGUGGCACGACUACUUCGGGGCGCAACAACCCGCCCUCCGUGGACGAGCUGAAGAAAAUUGCUGAGGAUAUCAAGAAUGGGUUGUAUUGA